AUGCCUUCGGUAGUCGCAGAUCGUCCACGAGAUUGUACAUCGUGUAGAAUAGUUGGCUCUAUAGGUCUUGUCGGUAUUGGAGGUUACUUAGCAAAUGUAGCUUGGCAGAACAAAACUUUCAUUGGCAAGCUUACAAUAUCAACUAUGUCGCUUGCAUUUGUGUCCCUUGGUGUUGCAAGAUAUAAGCAGCAAUAUCCAUUCAAUAGAAAAGAAGAAAGUAACAAAAAUGCUUAA